UAUAAUUUCCCUCACUUUGGAAACUCCAAGAUCUCUUCCUUCUAACGGCUCAGAAACCCGGGUGGACUUCCAGCCCCAGGAGGGCCUGUUGGACCGGUUCUGCCCCCGGCCUUUGUCGCGGGUCCAGCCCUCCCGGGGGUGGAGCCCUGCAAAACUUGGACCCCUCCGUACCCCGCCCCAGACUCGGGAUUGGCUGUCCUCUGGCGGAGCCUCAGCGGGAGCUUGGGGACUUCUCGUGGGGAACUUCCUGGAGGGCCACCUCGGUCGCCCAGGCCACCCCUCGUGCAGCUCUGGGCCGAUAGGACCUCGCGGGCCCCUCGCCAUGUCGCGGCUCCUCAUCCGCGGGGGUCGCGUGGUCAACGAUGACCUCUCGCAGGUGACAGACGUGCUGGUGGAGGAUGGCGUGGUGCGGGCGCUCGGCCGCGACCUGCUGCCGCCCGAGGGAGCGCCCGCGGGGCUGCGGGUCAUCGACGCGGCGGGCCAGCUCGUCCUGCCCGGCGGCAUCGACACGCACACGCACUUGCAGUUCCCCUUCAUGGGCUCGCGCUCGGUCGACGACUUCCACCAGGGCACCAAGGCUGCUCUGGCAGGAGGCACCACCAUGAUCAUUGAUUUUGCCAUCCCCCAGAAGGGUGACUCCCUCCUUGAGGCCUUUGAGACCUGGCGCAGCUGGGCUGACCCGAAAGUCUGCUGUGACUACAGCCUCCACGUGGCUGUGACGUGGUGGAGUGACCAGGUUAAAGAAGAAAUGAAAAUCCUUGCCAGAGAUAAAGGUGUCAACUCUUUCAAGAUGUUUAUGGCCUAUAGGGAUCUGUACAUGGUGGGAGAUAAGGAGCUCUACGCAGCCUUCUCUCAGUGCAAGGAAAUUGGUGCAAUUGCUCAGGUCCAUGCAGAAAAUGGAGACUUAAUUGCAGAGGAGGCAAAGAAGAUGCUGGCACUGGGGAUCACAGGCCCCGAGGGCCACGAGCUGUGCCGACCAGAAGCCGUGGAGGCAGAGGCCACGCUGAGGGCCAUCACCAUAGCCAGCGCUGUGAACUGCCCUCUCUAUGUGGUGCACGUGAUGAGUAAAUCUGCAGCCAAGGUGAUCGCAGAUGCAAGGAGAGAAGGGAAGGUGGUCUAUGGAGAACCCAUAGCAGCAGGUCUGGGCACCGAUGGCACUCACUACUGGAAUAAGGAAUGGCACCAUGCAGCCCACUACGUCAUGGGUCCACCUCUGAGACCAGACCCUUCAACUCCUGGCUUUCUCAUGAAUCUGCUGGCUAAUGAUGAUCUGACCACAACAGGGACUGACAACUGCACUUUCAACACGUGCCAGAAAGCUCUUGGGAAGGAUGAUUUUACUAAAAUUCCUAAUGGGGUGAAUGGUGUUGAGGACCGGAUGUCAGUCAUAUGGGAAAAAGGCGUGCAUAGUGGUAAAAUGGACGAAAACCGAUUUGUGGCAGUUACUAGCACAAAUGCAGCCAAAAUAUUUAAUCUCUACCCAAGAAAAGGAAGAAUAGCUGUAGGAUCAGAUGCUGACAUAGUGAUUUGGGACCCAAAAGCCACAAGAACAAUCUCAGCUAAGACUCAUCACCAGGCUGUUGACUUCAACAUCUUCGAGGGCAUGGUUUGCCACGGGGUCCCCCUGGUGACCAUUUCAAGGGGCAAAGUGGUGUAUGAAGCUGGAGUUUUCAAUGUCACAGCAGGAGAAGGGAAGUUCAUUCCACGCAAACCUUUCGCUGAGUAUGUUUACCAACGAAUCCAGCAACGAGACCGGACUUGCACACCUGUGCCAGUGGAGCGUGUACCCUAUAAGGGAGAGGUCAGCAAAUUGAAACCCAAAGACUCCACAGUGGGGACCACGAUGCAGGACCACCCCUGAUUUGGUGCUGUAAAAUCAGAGGAAAGGAUGCUGUGCUCCCCUCACAGCCACACGUUGUCAGCCCGUGGAGACCCAGGCCUUGUUUCAACUCCCCAAGAUCUUUUAGGAAAAAAUAAUCGCUCUAGGCCUCUUUGAUUUUCUUUCAACAGCAAUUGCUGUCUUCCUUACUAUGCCAUUGUUGUUGCCUAAGAUUGAAGAUAUAAAUGAAUAUUAUUGUGUUGGAAAGUCUGUCUGAAAAUUCAUUGAUGAUGCUUUAAAAUUUUUGUUUGCACUAGAUUUCUUUGAAUUUGAAAACAUGACUUUCUUGUUUAACAGAUUUUUUUUUCUUUUUAGUGGCUACAUUUGUUUUGAAAUUGCACUGCAAUUUUACAUUUUAUUGGAAUUAAUAAAUGUUGAGAUCUUCAUUUGA